ACGAUGUGUAGAUGUUUAUAUGUGUUAAUUGUUAUCCUUGAUGCAUGGGGAAGUGUGGCGUACCAUAAUGAGCAUUUACUUCAGCAUCACCAAACCACACCUAAGCCCAUUAAUAAAGUAGCAGUAGCCUUUCUUCACAAAUCACAAUACUACCACACAUUUUAGCCAUCCAUGGGGAAAACUGAUGCAGCCGAGGACGACGGUGGAAGCCCCACCAUGCGCACGGCGGAGACGCUGCUGCGCAUCCUGCCCAUGGCCCUCUGUCUCGCCGCCCUCGUCAUCAUGCUCAAGGACUCUCAGACUAACGAAUACGGCACCUUGUCAUAUUCCGAUCUUGGGGCUUUCAGAUAUUUAGUGCACGCAAGUGGCGUUUGUGCCGGUUAUUCGCUUCUGUCGGCGGUUGUCGCGGCGGUGCCGCGGCCCUCCACCAUGUCUAGGGCUUGGGCCUUCUUUCUCCUUGACCAGCUGCUGACGUACAUAAUACUAGCGGCGGGGGCGAUAUCGACGGAGGUGGUGUACCUGGCUUACAAGGGCGACGCCUCCGUGACAUGGAGCGAGAGCUGCGGCGCCUACGGCGGGUUCUGUCGGAAGGCGACGGCGUCGAUCGCCCUCACGUUCAUCGUCACCCUUUGCUACGCAGGGCUCUCUCUCCUCUCUUCUUACAGACUCUUCAGCAAGUAUGAUGCACCCCUCGCUUACGCUUCUACCAAAGGAAUUGAGGCUGCCACCUUCAACGCCUAAUUUUUCUGCACACGUUAAAUCAUAAUAAAAUCAUGUUUUAUUCCCAUUAACGCCAAUUAAUUAAUGUGCAACUAAUAAAUUAAUGUCAUCAUUUUAGCUUUGUGGGUUUGGUUUUCUUGGUAUUAAUUUCGAUAACAUGUCUUUAGUAUAUUAUAUGUAUGAUCAGUAUGUGGAGUUGAUGCUCAAGCGUGAAACCAUUUUGAUAUAAAUUUGUGAUUUGAUAGGAUAAA